UUGCAAAAAAAAAACACUUACAGUCCAUGUCUCCCCAGUUGCACUUCCGAUUCUGGGAUCCACAAUCCCAUUCCCUCAACACCAUUCUGUUGAUUGUGCAAAACCUCAACUGAUUAGUGAACGACGGCGAUCUCACGGCGAUCUUCGGUCUCCGGGAGUCAUUCUAGGAGUUUGCCUAGUCCCCCAAAGAACUCAGGGCCGGCCCUGUGUGCGGAUCUGUAUCUUUCUCUGUGCAUAGGUCCAGAAGGUUCAUUUCAGCAUUCAGAUGGCAAUCAUGGAUUCAGAAGUUCCCACAGAUGAGACGGAAACUGUUGCUGGUUUCAUCCCACUUGCUUCCGUCUCCCAACAACCUUAUGUUUCUGAACUGCUCUCGUUCACUCUCGAUCGUCUGCAUAAGGAGCCAGAGCUUCUACGGGUUGAUGCAGAGAGAAUUCGGCGGCAAAUGCAAGAAGUGGCAGUUGGAAACUACCGUGCAUUCAUUUCAGCCGCAGAUGCAUUGCUUGAGAUUCGAGAGGAGGUUUCUUCUAUCGACAACCAUCUCGAAUCCCUGAUAGCUGAAAUUCCAAAGCUAACAACUGGCUGCACUGAGUUCAUUGACUCUGCAGAGCAGAUUUUGGAGAAGAGGAAGAUGAACCAAACAUUACUAGCCAAUCAUAGUACUUUGCUUGACUUGCUUGAAAUUCCUCAGCUUAUGGACACAUGUGUGAGAAAUGGAAAUUACGAUGAAGCUUUGGAUUUAGAAGCCUUUGUUUGCAAACUUUCAACAAUGCAUCCAAAGUUGCCUGUUAUUCAAGCACUUGCUGCGGAAGUUAAGCAGACCACCCAAUCUCUUCUUUCUCAGCUUCUCCAAAAACUGCAAUCAAACAUUCAGUUGCCAGAAUGUCUCCGCAUUAUUGGAUAUUUACGUCGAAUAGGAGUGUUUAGCGAAUAUGAAAUGCGCCUACAGUUUUUAAGAUGCCGAGAGGCAUGGCUUACUGGAAUUCUUGAUGACUUAGACCAAAGAAAUGCUUAUGAUUACUUAAAAGGGAUGGUGAACUGUCAUAGAAUGCAUCUUUUUGAUGUUGUUAACCAAUACCGAGCCAUAUUUGCUGAUGAUACGUCAGGAAGUGAGGAAAACUAUGAUGGUGGGCUUCUCUUUAGCUGGGCUAUGCACCAAAUUACCUCUCACCUUAAGACACUCAAGGUCAUGCUCCCCAAAAUAACUGAAGGCGGGUCCUUGUCGAAUAUCCUGGAUCAAUGCAUGUAUUGUGCCAUGGGGCUUGGUUGGGUUGGAUUGGAUUUCCGGGGCUUGCUUCCCUCACUUUUUGAAGAGGCUGUUCUCAACUUAUUCUCGAAGAACAUGAAAACAGCUGUUGAGAAUUUUCAGUUAGUCUUGGAUUCACAUCGGUGGGUCCCAUUACCAGCAGUUGGUUUUCCAGCCAAUAGUAUAGGUGAAAAUAGCCGGGAAGACGUGACUCCGCCUUCAAGUCUAAUGGAGCAUCCACCUCUUGCUGUGUUUGUGAAUGGUGUAUCUGCCGCAAUGAAUGAAUUACGUCCCUGUGCCCCAAUAAGCUUGAAAUACAUGCUUGCUCAAGAAUUAGCCAAGGGGUUGCAGGCUGUUUCUGAUUCUUUACUGAGGUACAAUACAACUAGGAUGCUCAGAGAGAACGAGUCUGUACUUUUCCUUUCACUUUGUAGAGCAUUCAUCGAGGUUGCUUAUCCACAUUGUGCUACAUGCUUUGGUCGAUGUUACCCUGGCGGAGCUGCUCUUAUUGCAGAUGCCAAGAAUUUAUUCGAUGGCAUCGGGCGUCUAUUAGCAACUUCUCGGUCAAAGGAAUUGCCGAAACCAGUCCAACAUACGGUGGAAAAAAUUACUUCAGAAAAUGGAAACAUGCCCGUGGUAGAAAAUGGGGUUAUGCCUGAUGUUGAACAGACGGGGAGUUCCAGCGUGGAUGAGAACGAACAGAAUAUCACUCCCCAAACUGAGGAAAAGCUUGCCGAUGCAUGAUUUGUGAAGCAGCUGUAUGUAUGAGCCAUAGAAUUAUAGUUUUGCAAAGUCCACUUGUUCUUAAUUACAAACUUGUAAGCAUGACUGUAUCUCAUUAGAGGCCUAUAAUUAUAAGAUUAAAGGACGAUUGUCCAUUUUCCAGAUGGGAUGGGAUAAUUUUUUUUUAAUAUUUUUCAAGUGAUUCAGAGGCAAAUUCUUUAUGUACCUUGGUGACUGUUGAGGCACACAUUUUUUCUAUUGAGGUGACAAUUAGCUUGUAAUAAUAUUACGUUGUAGUGAAAUUCAAUGAAAUGUGGUUGCAAAAUGGUGUUAGUGAA